UCUUCUUGUUGGACAGACACAGUCGAGUGUUUCUCAGACUACAUGACCCUGUGGAUCCCGAGGAGCCACGUGGAAGGGCUGAGGCUGUGGCUGGCUAGGACCUUGCACUUGCCAGGCACCUGGAGGGCCCCUAACCACCUGGAUUCUUCUCUUGCUAAAUGUGGCUACUUCCUGCAUCCGGCUUCAGAUGGUGACUUCUUUUUUCGAGUUCAAUACUCGGCCUGCUUUGUGCAGAAAGAGAAAGCAAAUUACAGGCUGGAAAUCAGAAUAUUUCAGAAAGGGGUGACAAGGUUGGAGCGGAGUGAUCGAUACAUAAUGAAGUGUCCAAUGCUAAGGUCAAGACUGGGCCAGGAAAGCGUCCACUGUGGACCCAUGUUCAUCCAGGUCUCCCGGCCCCUGCCCCUGCGCAGCGACGAUAGACAGACUCCAUGGCUGCUGUCCCUUCGAGGGGAGCUGGUGGCUUCUCUUGAAGAUGCCAGCCUGAUGGGACUGUAUGUGGACAUCAAUGCCACCACUGUCACCGUCCAAAGCCCGAGACAAGGACUUCUUCAGAGGUGGGAGGUGCUGAACACCUCUGCUGAGCUCCUGCCACUAUGGCUGGUGAGCGGUCACCAUGCCUAUUCUUUAGAAGCUGCUUGCCCACCGGUGUCAUUCCAGCCAGAGUCGGAGGUCUUCGUUCACAUCCCCAAGCAGAGACUGGGUCUAGUCAAAAGAGGUUCCUACAUUGAGGAAACCCUGAGCCUCAGAUUCCUCCAAGUCCAACAGUCCAACAUCUUUAUGGUGACUGAGAACAAGGACUUUGUGGUGGUCAGCAUCCCGGCGGCCGGGGUGCUCCAGGUCCAGCGAUGCCAAGAAGUCGGAGGAACCCCGGGAACACAAGCUUUCCAUAGGGUAGACCUGAGUCUGCAAUUUGCUGAGAUGGCUGCCCCAGUCCUCUGGACGGUGGAGAGCUUCUUCCAGUGUGUGGGUUCAGGAACAGAGUCGCCUGCCUCAACUGCUACACAGAGGGCCACUCCCUCCCCGCCAUCCCCAGGACCAGAGACCCCUCCAGCAAGCAUGCCAUCUGCCGCUUCCUCCCAGGUGUGGGCUGCAGGACCAGCUGCCCAGGAAUGGCUUUCUUGGGACCUCCCUCACCAGCCUUCUGAUGCGCUGGCCAAGAAGGGGCUUGGACCGUUGCUGCAAACAGCCAAACCGGCGAGGAGAAGCCAGACAUCUGCCUCCAUUUUCCCUAGAGUGAUGCAAGCUCAGCAAGGUCUCCAGGCUCCCCCAGGGGAAGUGGGGUUCCCUGGACACCCCAUGCCUCCAGUCACGCUCCCCUCGGAGCCUGUAGAGGGUGUCCAGGCUAGUCCCUGGCGGCCACGUCCAGUCUUGCCAGUGCACCCGACUCUGACCCUGCCUGUGUCCUCAGACGCCUCCUCUCCUCCACCGCCAGCCCUGAGGCCUGAACAGUCUGAAUCGCUCCUGGUCUUGGGACCAUCUGUCACCCUGACUGAAGGUCUAGGAACUGUGAGGCCUGAGCAGGACCCCGCCCAGUCUCCAGGAAGUCCCCUCCUGCUGAGAGGGCUGUCAAGGGGGGAUAUGGCUGCACCUGAGCCCAUCUUGGGGGAGCCUGGGCAAGCCAGCGAGGAGCUCCAGCCACUGACAAGGCCCUGGCGGGCCAGGCUGGCGGCAGAGGCACUGGUUUCUCACCAUUCUCCCCGAGAGUCCCAGGACACAUCCUCUGGAAUGGAGGUGGAGAGGCAGAGCCAGACUGGGCCUGGUUUCCCCAGGGAGGGGGCCAGGGGACUCGUGGACUUUUCAUCCUCAGAGCCAAGUGAGGACAUGGAGGGGCCGGGACUCUCCACCCUGCUGGGGAGGGAUGCCACAUUCUCCACCCCAAGCGUGAGGCAGCCAGACCCCAGUGCCUGUGCCGGGGCCUCAGGACCCGAACUCACCGGGACGCCCAGGGUGAGGCCGGCAGCGCCCUUGGCGGUUCUUCCUGUGGAACCUCUGCCAGCAGAACUGAUUCGCCCGGCAGCUUUUCUGACACCCAAAACCUCAUCUGUAGGAGGGGCAGACCAGGCCCUAUACCUGGAGUGUACCCCUGGCUUUGUGGGCCAGGAGGAAUCAGGGGCUGCACAUGCAUCCAGUCCUCUGUCCACGCAAACCCUGAGCCCGUGGGCUCCCACAGGAGGGUCGCUACUCAGCCUGGUGGAGAUUGAACACCCCUUCCCGGCUGGCCGGGGGGCCUCACCCCAGCAGGAGCUGACAGGGCCCACCUUGGCCCCCAGUGCUGAAAGCCACAGGCCUCCUGAGCUUCAGGACAGUGUGGAGGGGCUUCCUGAGAGGCCCCACGCUGAGUCUCCAUGGUGACUCCACGGGCAGCAGCUGGUACCCUGCUGGCUAGGACGGUCCCGGUGACCCUCAGUGACCCAGUUGCCCCCAGGCUCCCUGGCUUCGAUGCCCAUCUGUGGCUGGGGACAGUGUUCUGGCCGGAAGAGCACUCACUCGGUGCUUCCCUGGGAGGGUGGCCCCCCAGACGCCCACCUCCAGGCCGACCCAUCACUGGAAGUGGGAUUUGAAAUGCAGCCAAGAAGAGGAGACCGUCGGCAACGCCCGCCCGGAACAAGAAAUAAAUAAAUAAGUAAUCAGG